GGAUGUCAUACUUUGCUUUCGAUCACGGGCCAAUGAAGCACUUAUGGCCGCACGCAAUAUAUGUUUAAACAACACUCACUAUGUUUUUACCACGACCAAAAGAAGGGGUUUCUUGCAAGAAGUGACCCCUCAGUUGAGAGCCACAGCUGUCCCAUACAAGUUGGGGAACCUACAAGCCCUUAUUGUGGUGAAACAGGGCAGGAGAAACAGACUGACCUCAAUGGCGAAUGCAAAUACAUUCCUGCAAUCACUGGGACUCACAAUACCAGACACAGACAGGUCAACCAACAGACCUACACACCGUUGGAAUGUGGACAACAUAGCGAUCUUCACACCAAACAGUUCCACCGCUCCAGGCUGA